UCUACUAUGACCCCUAGAUCCCUUUCAGCAGUUCUGCUUCCUAGACAAUCACUUCCCAUGAGAACAUGAGGAUGUAUAAUCGGGCAAGAAACAUUAAGCACCACUGUGUGCUCUGUACUGAAAUGCUCACUAGCGAGGAAUUUUGGUUUACUCAGCACUUUCCAAAUUCCUCAAGGGUUUAGUCUCAUUUUCUGAAUCUUUGUCUCUACCCUCUUUACCCUUCCCCUUAUCCUUUCUGUGGGAGAAAAAACUUUUGCCUCCUUAAAUCAAAGGGCCCUCAGGAUUCACUCAGAUUUCAGAGCCUUCAGAAGUUUAAAAAAAAAUGUCCCUGAUGGUGCACCUCUUCUCUGUUCCACUACCCUCUUCUGUACGUGUUUUUUGCAGAAACCAUGUUUUUGCAGAAGCUGCUCUUUGGAGUGCCCUCUCAGAAAACAUGAAGGCAACACUGUAUAGCUUCACACAGCUUCGGACCUUAUUAAUUUGCACUAUGGAUCAUAGAGGUUGAAGUGAGAGAUUUCAGAGGACUGUAUUUCGUUCCCCCAACCUCUUUCUGAACAUGGAGGGCAAUGCUCAGCCCCUAAGACAGAUUCCGACCUGAGCAUGCGGACGCUCAGUACACCUAGCCCAGCACUAAUAUGUCCACAGAAUUCUCAUGGCUUCCAGAAUGGCCGAGGAUCUUCCACUUCUUCAUCUUCAGUCACUGGAGAGACAGUUGCUAUGGUCCAUUCACCUCCUCCAACUCGCCUUACUCAUCCUCUCAUCCGGCUGGCCUCCAGACAGCAGAAAGAACAGGCCAACAUAGACCGUCUCCCAGAUCAUUCCAUGAUCCAGAUUUUCUCCUUCCUGCCUACCAACCAGUUGUGUCGUUGUGCACGAGUGUGUCGCCGCUGGUAUAACCUUGCCUGGGACCCACGGCUUUGGAGGACUAUUCGCUUGACAGGAGAGACAAUCAACGUAGACAGGGCUCUUAAAGUGCUGACCCGGAGGCUUUGUCAGGACACGCCAAAUGUAUGUCUCAUGUUGGAGACUGUAAUCGUUAGUGGCUGCAGGCGGCUCACAGACAGAGGACUCUACACCAUUGCCCAGUGCUGUCCAGAGCUGAGGAGGCUAGAGGUGUCAGGCUGUUACAACAUCUCUAAUGAGGCAGUCUUUGAUGUGGUGUCGCUGUGUCCAAACCUGGAGCACCUGGAUGUGUCAGGCUGCUCCAAAGUGACGUGCAUUAGUUUGACCCGUGAAGCCUCCAUCAAACUGUCCCCAUUACAUGGCAAACAGAUCUCUAUCCGCUAUCUGGACAUGACAGACUGCUUUGUGCUUGAGGAUGAAGGCCUGCACACCAUAGCUGCGCACUGCACUCAGUUGACUCAUCUGUACCUGCGCCGCUGCGUCCGCAUUACCGAUGAAGGCCUCCGUUACCUAAUGAUUUACUGCACAUCCAUCAAGGAGCUGAGUGUGAGCGACUGCCGCUUUGUUAGCGACUUUGGCAUGCGGGAGAUUGCCAAGCUGGAGUCACGCCUGAGAUACCUCAGCAUCGCACACUGUGGACGCAUCACAGAUGUGGGCAUCCGCUACAUUGCCAAAUACUGCAGCAAGCUGCGCUACCUCAAUGCGCGGGGCUGCGAGGGCAUCACAGACCACGGUGUGGAGUACCUCGCCAAAAAUUGCACAAAACUCAAAUCGCUAGAUAUUGGCAAGUGCCCACUGGUAUCAGACGCUGGUCUGGAGUUCCUGGCCCUGAACUGCUUCAACUUGAAGCGCCUGAGUCUGAAGUCAUGUGAGAGCAUCACAGGCCAAGGCCUACAGAUCGUAGCUGCAAACUGCUUUGACCUGCAGAUGCUGAAUGUGCAGGACUGUGAGGUUUCUGUGGACGCUCUGCGUUUUGUUAAACGCCAUUGCAAACGCUGUAUUAUUGAGCACACCAACCCUGCUUUUUACUGAAAGGACACCCUGCACCUGUUGAUUAAAAAACCAUUAAAAUAUUGAUAUAUAAACACAUGCUCGCACAUACAGUACCCAUCUCUUCUCUCUAUGGAUCAUGGGAGUCAGCUUUCUUGUAUGGUGCUGAUGAGGUCUGUUUUUUAAAAAGAAUAUAUUUUUUGUUUUAAAUGA